ACCACACAACAUCACCAGAAACAAGGGAAGCACACUGUACUCCCCACUGCCUGUCCCAGCACCCCUGGUACAGGAGGGAGGACACGCGCAGGCGACAGGCCAGCUCAGGCAGCACGCACAGUGCCAUGUCAGUCAUGCAGGCUCUCCUCAUUCUGUUCGUGCUGUCAGGUUGGGGCCCUUGGGUUGGAAAGGCAAAGCAACUGGGCACGCCACUCUCCAAUGACGAGUACCGCCAGUUCUUCAGGUCCCUUCGGACCGCUCAACGCGCCAGCACCACCUGCCACCUCCGCAUGCUGUACGGCUGCCAGAACCCCGUGGUCCAGAGACUGGACGAGUACGAAAACCAUGGAGUCAUCCCAGAAGGACCCAUAUGCUCUGAACUGCCAGGAACAUCCUUCUUCCCCAACUUCUGUGCAUUUGCUUUUUAUCACUGCACUACAAAAAGGUAUUUCAUUAAGCGGACUGCAUGCACAGGAGAGCACAAGGCCAACCUGAGCAGCACACAAAAUUUCAACAGCGUGGCCCUGAGCAGUGAUGCAGCGUUGUCUGCUAUCUUCAGUCCCCAGCCCAUUUUUCCCACCUCUCUUUCAAUCACCCAGCCAUCCAGCUCCAGCCCUAACACGGAAGGAGCUGACAUCUCCAGCUCCUCACCUGAUGGCAUGCCACAGCUGGGGAACACGCAGCCUUCCACCUCACAUCCCACAGGGGUGACACUCAGCAGCCAGCAGCAGGGACAGCUGCCUGCCACCAACAUUGAGGACCUCCUCCUGAGGCUGCAGGACAGGCACGUGCAGAGCUUGCUGCACACAAUGCAGCAGCUGCUGACCAUGGGAAAGGCAGUGAUGGAGGAAGAGCUGCAGGCUGCUGCCCUGAGGCUGCUGGUGGCCCUGAACAAUGCAAGUGUGUCUCAGAGGGCAACCAACACAGAGCAUGGAAGAAAAAAGUGAUCAGCAAAAGGGAUGAGCCAUUGCGGCUUAGAGGGGAUGUAUGGGAACAGAGAAAGUAGAAUCCUCCUUCCCAAGUCUGAGGCACCAUCAAGGUUGCAGCACCUCCUCAGGCCAAGGGUGAGAAGGCCUCUUCUGAGGGCAAGGGAAAACCCAGGCCCAGGAUUCAAGAUAAAGAUGUUAUCUUCUCAAA